AUGGCACCCGCAAAAGGCACAAUCUUGCUCACGGGCUCCAACGGUGGACUCGGCUCUUCCAUCGUAGAACGGGUUCUACAUCAACCGGACAUCGCCCAGAACUACUACGGAGUCUAUACGGUUCGCAAGCCCGAAACGGCCACGGCCGUGACGAAGUUGCUCACUGCUGGUCUUGACCUGGCCAAAUUAGACAACGUCCGAAAGGCGGCAGACGACAUUAACCAGCGCGUGUCCGACGGGAAACUCCCUCCUAUUCGAGCCCUGAUUAUGAACGCUGGAUACCAGGAGCACACAACUCAGUCUUUCACGAAUGAUGGGUUUGAUAUGACGUUCCAGAGCAACUACCUCUCACAUUUCUUGUUGGCGCUGCUUUUGCUGCAGAGCAUGGACAAGAAGCAUGGGAGAAUUGUCGUGCUGGGGAGUUGGUCGCAUGAUACAUCAGACCCCAGAAACAGUAUUGGGCCCACCGGGGGCGCAUACAAGCCGGAGAAGUAUCAACAAAUCUUCAACGACCCCAUAAACACCGAUAUUCUGGCGAAAGGGGAGUGGAGCUCUGAGAAUGAACACCCCGGCAAUGCGGAAGCAGGCAUGCGAAGAUACGGUGCCUCAAAACUGUGUCAAGUCCUUAUGUACCGCGAGCUAUCAACACGCGUCAACAAUGGUCCGAAGCUCUCCCAUAUCUCCGUCCUCGCCGUUGACCCGGGCGCCAUGGCAAGCAGCCUCACUCGCCGCGGCAACUUCCUGAUGCGAAUCAUCAUCCCCGCGGUCUUAAGGCUAGUUGCCAUCUUUCCAGAUUGGUGGAAUCCCAACGGCGACUUCCAGUCGACUUGGAAGUCUGGAGGCGACGUUGUCCGUGCUGCGUUUGAUACCAAGACAUUGGGCGAGUGCCCGAAUGGGAUCUACUUAAACGGUAGUGCUUUCGCAGAAGUUGGGCCCGAGGCUAAGGAUGUAAAUAAGUCUGCAAAGCUGUGGCGGGACAGUCUGGGGUAUGCAAGUGUCAAGGAAGGGGAUACCAUGUUGGCGGACUGGCUCUAAGAAACGUUGCUCUGUAUAAGUAUCAGUUGGUAUGGGAUUGGCUUCAGUUCCGGGCAGAAUGGUUGGGUGUGAAAAAGAUGAACUAUUUUCUCAUCGUGCUGUUAUUUUAUUGCUGUAAUCAUUCUCUAAGAUCUAAAAUAGAAGAUUGUACCUUGG